UGAUAUCGCCGUUGACAAGCCACUUUCUAUACUACCGGACCUGUCCUUCUCCCAUCUUAUCUUCUACAUAAUAUCGCAAACAUGCCGGUCCCCGCAGGAGCAAACAUGGGCGGGCCGUCGACCUUUGACAAGCUGAAGAUGGGCGCAAUGAUGGGCGGCACUGUGGGCGUCAUCAUCGGCUUCAUCUUUGGAAGCGUCAACAUUAUGCGCUACGGCGCUGGACCCAACGGCGUGAUGAGGUCUCUAGGGCAAUACAUGGCUGGAUCCGGGGCAACAUUUGGGUUCUUCAUGGGUAUCGGUAGCACCAUUCGCCAAGACACCUCUCCCAUCAUGGCCGAGGCAUACCUCAAUGCACGAAGGCGCGCAAUGAUCAUGCCACGCGCGCGCCCAAACUCGAAUUAAAUGGAGAGGGGAACUAUAUACGGGGGAAGAGGAGGGAGGGGAGGCUGUAACGAUUAGUGUACAAAGACUGUGAUAUUAGCCGGUGACUUCUCUCAAGACUCUGGGGAUAUCAAAAAUAUAUCAAAAAUCUGGGCCAACCAUGGAAGAGAGGAGAAGGAGGGCAUACAGCUCCAGAGCAUGCUGCGAUGGGUUGUUAUAAAAAAUCAUAAAUAAACUUCAAAUACAGCACAUGUUCAUCUUCUUCA